CACCUAUUGUGAACGCGAAUGCAUGUAUCCGAUUCAUAUCAGAUUUAAUUCCACAUAUGAAUGAGGCCUGAAACUAGCAGCUCACGCUGUAUGAAAAAAAAUUACCUGACUUUAAUUAAGCGCACAGUUCACGCUUUAUGAAGCAGACGCGUGUCCAAUGGUGGUGUGGGAAUCAGAAGAGUGAUUCAUGUUCCGAGGGAGAAACGUCCUCAACAUCAGAAGAUCGACUGACAGCACAAACUCUUUCCUGCAUCACCUGUGGAAAGACAUUCAGCUCACAGAGACAUUUAGAGAGACAUGAGAGAAAACACACAGAACAGAAACUCUUCACCUGCACCAGAUGUAAGAUCAGCUUUACUACCUUACAAGAGAAGAAACUUCAUCAUUCAGAAGAGCACAGAAAGAAGAAGAAGAAGAAGAAGAAGAAGAAGUUUCACUGUGAGCAGUGUGGGAAGGAUUUUGUCUUCUUAUCUCAGCUGAAAGUUCACAUGAGGACACACAGUGGUGAAAAGCCUUUCUACUGCACUGAAUGUGGAAAUUACUUCAACACCAAACAAAGUCUUGAUUUUCAUCAGAGAAUUCACACAGGAGAAAAACCAUACGAGUGUCCUCACUGUGAGAAGAGAUUCAGCCUUAAAACCUGUCUGAAGAAACAUGUGUUUAUACACACCAAUGAGAGACCGUAUCAGUGCAGUAAAUGUGACAAAGCCUUUAGGGAUUCAGGUACAUUAAAAAGUCACCAGAAUAUUCACUUUAAAGAGAAAAUCUAUCAAUGUUCACACUGUGAUAAACAUUUCUGUUAUAAAUCUCAUCUGAUACGCCACGAGAAAAUUCACACUGAAGAGAAACUUUAUUACUGUGUUUGUGGGAAGAGUUUUAAUCGACAUUACAAAUGCUCUCAGUGUGGCAAGACGUUUACUCGGUCAAGUAACUUAAUAAGCCAUCAGAGAGUUCAUACAGGAGAGAAACCUUACGUCUGCUCACAGUGUGGAAGGAGCUUCGCUAAUUAUACUCAUUUCAGAAACCAUGAGAGACUUCACACUGUAGGAAAAUCUCUUCACUGUAGUGUUUGUGAGAUGCGUUUUAAUCGAUAUGACGAUUUAGUGAGUCACCAGAGAACUCAUACAGGUGAAAAACCUUACAAAUGCUCUCAGUGUGAGAAGACCCCAGCAAACAUGUCCCAUUGGGCCCCAGGUGGGGCCACUGUGGGCAAAAAAUUGGGGCCCACAGCGGGCUGCCCCUGUGGGCCCCACUACCGGCGUGAAAUGCGGGGCACGUGUGGGCCCCACACUAUGGGGCCACAAUGGGGCACCAGUGGGACAGCCCAAAGUGUGGGCUGGGUGUGGGCUUACUGA